AUGGAAGUGACCGUUGAGCAAGACGCCAAGGCCCUCGAGGCCGGUGCGCCUGAAGGUCCCUCACGAGCACCAAAUGACCAGACCAUAGAGCAGCUGGAUUUAUUCGAAGCCCCCAAAAUGCGUACCAAGCUGCGUAUCACCGCUAUCAUACUCGCUCUCAAUCUCGUCCUCUUCGUAGGAGCACUCGACCAGACUAUUGUCGCGACUUCAAUCCCCACAAUAUCGGCGGCCCUGCACUCCGCUGCAGGCUAUACCUGGAUUGGAGGUGCAUACCUGUUAGCCAAUGCCGCCACAGCGCCCAUGUGGGCCAAGUUUAGCGACAUCUGGGGUCGUAAGCCGGUUCUCCUCGGGGCAGUAGUACUCUUUGCCAUCGCGAGUAUAAUCGCAGCACUGAGCAAAAACAUGGAGAUGUUAAUUGCUGCGCGAGCGCUGCAAGGCGCAGCGGGGGGAGGUCUCAUGCAAUUAGUGUUCAUCGUCAUCUCGGACCUCUUCAGCAUACGCACCCGCGCGUUAUACCUUGGUAUGAUGGGGUUCACCUGGGCCCUUGCUGGCUCAGCCGGUCCGCUAAUCGGCGGCGCAUUCACGGAGCUUGUUUCCUGGCGGUGGUGCUUCUGGAUCAACCUCCCCGUCUGCGGGCUCUCAUUCACACUCCUGCUGCUUUUCCUGGAUGUGCACAACCCCCGCACAAAGUUACGCGAAGGCAUCGUUGCCGUGGACUGGCUCGGCACGCUUUGCAUACUAGCAGUGACUCUGCUAUUACUCUUGGGAUUGGACUUCGGCGGCGCGAUAUUCCCCUGGAGCAGCCCGAAAGUCAUCUGCCUCAUCGUGUUCGGAACAGUAAUGAUCGGCUUCUUCGUCUUCAGCGAGAAACGACUGGCCAAGUACCCGCUGAUGCCUCUCAGCAUAUUCAGCAACUGGUCCAACAACGCCAUCAUCCUUGUCGCGUUCGCCCACAGUAUGGUCUCCAUCGGCGUGGAAUUCUACCUCCCACUAUACCUGCAGAGCGUCAAGCAGGCCUCGCCCCUCCGCAGCGGUAUCCUGAUCAUACCUAUGAUGGUCACCGAAGCGGCCGUGGACAUCCUAGCCGGCAUCGCGAUCUCCCGGACGGGUCGCUACAGAGAAAUCACCUGGGCUGGGCUAGCACUCAUGACGUUGGGAACGGGGUUAUAUAUCAACCUCGGGAUCGACACAUCAGUGGCGAGGAUCGUCGGGUUCGAGAUCAUCGGCGGGAUCGGCACCGCGCUUUUAUUUCAAACGCCCGUCAUCGCCAUUCAAAAUACGGUCAGUCAGGCGGAUACUGCGUCUGCCACGGCGACGAUGAGUUUCAUCCGCAAUCUGGCGACAUCCCUGUCCAUCGUACUCGGGGGUGUUAUAUUCCAGAAUGGUAUGAACACUCGUCAUUCAUCACUCGUGGCCGCGGGUCUCAGUGGACCCGUCCUCGGCGCCUUGGCCGGUGAUCAUGCAGCGGCAAAUGUCGAGGUCGUCAAGUCUAUCCGGGAUCCUGUGCACCGUCGCGCGGCGCAGGGUGCUUAUGCCUGGAGUCUCCGAAAUAUAUUCAUUAUGUACACGGGCGUGGCGGCUGUGGGGUUGGUGGCGGGGGCUUUUAUCAAGCAGCGACAUAUGAGCACAGAACAUACCGAAACGAAGACGGGGGUACAACAGUUGACGAAGCGCGAAUCUAAAUCCUAG